CUGACUUGUUCUGUCCAUUGUUCUUUGCAGUGCAAAGCAUUGUAUUACUGCGUUAAAGAAAGCAUGCAGCGAGCGGCAGAACGACUACAAGCCACAAACAAAGGUCCUCAGCUAGGAGGCGACUUCCCAAUCCAGGAUAUGGAAACGGGUGAAAACGGUCAUCUCCAAGUCACCCUUGAAGGCAUUGGUCUGAAGUUUUGCACAAAAAGAGUAAGGAAGAUACUGCUCUCUGCUGAAAUCUUUUAUGAUAUUAUCCAUGGUAUCUAUGUCCGUGCAUUGUCGUUCAUUCUGUCGCCGUCAAAAAGAAGUUGUCGUUGUUUCAGAGUAACUAUACCCUCUCUGUAG